AAAGACAAAUGCACAACCAGUCAUCCAACCAGCUAGAAGAGUUCCAUUUAGGUACAGGCUGGAACUGAAGUCACAACUGGAUGAAAUGGAGAAACAAGGCAUCAUAGCCAAAGUAACAGAGGCUACUAAUUGGGUCAGUCCCAUAGUCCUUGUAACAAAGCCAGGUAAAGACAAACUAAGGAUAUGCAUUGAUCCAGGAGCGUUGAACAAGGCUAUACAAAGGGAGCACUACCAAUUGAAAACACCCGAAGAGAUAUUCGGCACGUUGGCAGGCUCACAAUAUUUCUCAACCCUAGAUGCUACAUCUGGUUUUCUACAGAUUGCCCUAGACAAGGAAAGUAGCUACUUGACAACAGUGGCAACUCCCUUUGGGCGCUACCGGUAUUGCCGACUACCUUUCGGAAUCAGCUCUGCCCCAGAAGUGUUUCACAGAAUAGUGACAGAAUCCUUUGCAGACAUACCUGGGGUACACACCUAUGUGGAUGACAUCCUUGUAUCAGGCUGUAGCGUAGAGGAGCACGACAAACGCCUUCAGAUGGUCCUCGAAAGGUGUAGGGAGCUGAACCUUAGACUCAACCGACCCAAAUGCCAGUUCAGAAAGACUGAAUUAAAGUAUCUGGGACAUGUGCUUACAUCAGAAGGGAUAAAACCUGACCCAGAAAAAGUCGAGGCCAUUGAGCAAUUCCCAAAGCCACAGUCCAAGACAGAUGUUUCAAGACUCCUGGGCCUGGUUACAUAUUUGUCGAAAUUUUGUCCUACUUUGGCUGAGACAGCCAGCCCACUGCGACAGCUAACACAGCAGGAGACUGCAUGGGUGUGGGACUCCGUUCACGACCGCACCCUACAGCAUGUGAAAGAUCUAGUGACAAAGGCCCCAGUACUACGACUUUUUGAUCCAGCAUUACCAGUGAGAUUAACUGUGGACGCAUCACAACAUGGCUUGGGAGCAGCUGUUAUUCAAGAGGGGCACCCAGUAGAAUACGCGUCAAGAACAAUGUCCAGCAUACAACAGAAAUAUGCACAAAUAGAGAAGGAAAUGCUUGCCAUCCAGUUUGGACUAACAAGAUUCCAUCAGUAUGUGUAUGGACAAGAUGUCAUAGUGGAGACUGACCACAAGCCACUACUUGGAAUACUGAAAAAGCCCCUUGCUGAAGUCAGUCCUAGGCUUCAGAGAAUGCGCCUACGAUGUCUCAAAUACAACUACACGCUAGAGCACCAUUCCGGGAAAGAAAUGGUCCUGGCCGAUUCUCUGAGCAGAAUGCCAUCUACAACACCCUAUACAGACUAUGAUGAACUAACAGAAGAGCAAAUCGACUCCGUCACAGAGCAAAUCAUUCCCACACCACUUGGACGUGAAAGAUGUACGGAAGCGACCAGACAAGACCCUACAAUGCAGGCACUCAUCACUUACAUACACACAGGAUGGCCACCUACAAGGAGGAGUGUCCCGGGUCCAAUCAAACCGUACUGGAAUGUGAGACACGACCUAACAGAGAAAGACGGCAUUGUCCUCAAAGGAAGCCAAGCUGUCGUCCCUGUGACAAUGCGCAAAACGGUGAUGAACAGUAUACAUGAGGGACACUAUGGAAUAGUGAAGUGUAUAGAAAGGGCCAAGACGUCAGUGUACUGGCCUGGCUACACCAAUGAAAUACAUGACAUGGUAGCGAGUUGCAGCAAAUGCCAAGAAAAUCGAAGCCAGAACCCAAAGCCAGACACUAAACCUCAUGAUGUUCCACACUACCCCUACCAGAAAGUGGGAACAGACUUGUUUGAACUACAAGGGGAACAUUACCUACUUACCAUCGAUUACUACAGCAAAUGGGUGACCAUAGAUCACCUCCAGUCAACGAAAGCAGCUGAUGUGAUAACUAUCCUAGACAAGCAUUUUGCCAAUUUUGGAAUACCAGAAACAAUAUUCUCGGACAACGGGCCACAAUACGCCAACGAAGAAUUUCGCAAGUUCUCCAGGAAGCUGGGAUUUCAACACACCACAUCCAGUCCAGGCUACCCAGCCAGCAAUGGCCAAGCGGAAAGAGGUGUCCAAACAGUCAAGAAAAUGAUGGCCAAGAUGUUGGAGGAGGGCCGUACAAUCAAUGACGCUCUAAGAGUCCUUAGGAACACACCAAUAGGAGGAGACCUGCCUACUCCUGCCAUCCUGCUACAGGGGAGACACCUCCGAACCCAACUAACAAUAAAUACUGAGACUCUGGUUCCACAUAACAUGGAUGCAGACAAGACCAGACAAAAACUAAUCGCCCACCAAUCCCAAUAUGCGUUCUAUGGAGCCACAGGAAACACAACGAACUCACCUCUGCUUCCUGAUGAAAGCGUAAAGACAAUGAGAGGAAAAAAAUGGGUACCAGCAAAAGUCAUUGGACACCACACAGAGCCCCAAUCCUACAUCCUCAGACUAGCAAAUGGACGGACAGUGAGAAGAACUAGAACACACAUAAACAGGACAACAGAAGUGUGGGAUGACAACACAAUGUUCGCUAAGUACACUCCGACGGGACAACAAACAAACACCAGCCUGUCAGAAGGACAACCACCAAAUCAACCUGAUGAGACAAACGUACUGCCAGACACGGAGAUCAGAUCUCCGAAUACAGAAAGCCCUCCAAAAUCUGCCAAGUCCCCAACUGCACCUGCAAGUCAACCUGCAGUCAAAACAACAAGGCUGGGGAGGAUCUCAAGACCACCACGACGCCUACUGGAGGACUACACUACGUAAUUAGCAACCAUUGCUUGACACUGCACUUUUGAGUUGAAGUCACCCAGAGACAGAUAGAUGACAUGUAAUGUAAUUAGAUUCACUAUCCCGUAUGUGUAAUCGGAAAUAGACCAGAACGAU